GUAACACGACUCCUCAUAUUUAUACUUGGCAGCUCUCUGCACACGUCACCAUGCUGGAACCACUCGAACCCUAAGAUUGUGGGGUUAAAUUUGCUGGGGAUUGCUGGUCCUCUUCGCGGCAAAGGAAGAGGGAGCUACUUUGGGGGAGACAGCGGAAAGCACGAAAUUACUUGGUUGGUGUUUGCGGCUGAGUUCGCCUGGCGGCAACUUGGUUAGAGAUUGAUCAUACAGCGGGCAUCUCAAUAAGAUUUAGGGAUGGAUAGAAGUUUCGCUAAGGAGCUUUACUCGGAAAGCUUGGAUCUUGCUACUGCCCAAUUGGCUGAUCCAGCCACACCCGGCUAUUAUUGAACCAUGGUAUGUUGGAAUCAGUGGUUGAAUCAUCAUGACUAAGUCUGCCACAUGAUCUCUAUCUGGUGUUUGUGCACAUAAUACAACAGUGGAUUUGUCAAAGUCUGGGCUUUCCUUCUUUAUACCUAGCUUAUAGCAUUGAACAGAAAAAUGUCAUUGGAAGGGCAUAGAUGUGUAACCUUUUCAACCUACCAGAGCUUACACGGCUUCUAUAUCAACUAUGCAAUAGUGAAUCACCAUGCGACUUGCAGGAUGAUAAUGAUGAUGGAUCUCUGUGGGGUGGUUCAGAAGAUGGAUUGGAUAAACCUUCUGAUUUGGAUAGGGAGUGGCAGAAGAGACGCGACGAGUUUCAUGCAAUUGGAUAUCGUGAUGGCCUGAUUGCAGGGAAAGAAACUAUCGCUCAAGAGGGAUUCAACAUUGGGUUUAAGCAGUCAGUGAUUGCAGGAUACAACUGGGGCACCGUUAGGGGCGUUACUAGUGCGCUUUCUUCCUUGCCGGAUGGUUUGAAGGAAAAAUUGGUUCAACCAGAGGAAAAGAGAAAGAAAUUUCACGAAUUGUAUGAGUCGGUGAAUUCUAUUACAACGACCAAUGCUCUCAAGCUAUUUCAUGAAGAUGUACUAGCAGAGGAGGCGGCAGGGAAGAAGAUAAAACAGAUCGAAGCAGGUGCAGAGCCGCAAAAGGGAAGCUCCAGCCAUCUAGGAAUUUAUGUUGAAGAGCUUCAGUCCCUUCUUCGUGAUUAUCCAGCAAUUCAGUCAAAUCCUUUGGCAAGGUAGAGAAUGGGAACAUAUGCUAACAAGUAGCAUAUCAUGAACAAACAAACUUUUAUACCGUUACUAGUAGAGAAUGGUUUGGACUUCGCUACUUUUUUUUUAUGAUCUUGUCGAUGUCCAUUAAGUAUAGGCUGAGGCACUAACUCAUGGGUUUAAAGGGUACACAAAUAAAACCCAGACCUGACCACGAAUCCACUAAAAAACUGCCAACAAAAGACUAGCCUGCCAGAUAGCGGUCAGAAUGGUUAACCGAAGAAUGGUUUGGAAUUGGAAUUUGAUUGGAAGAACCCAAGAAAACAAUUUUGUCCAUAAACCUCUUUCCUCUUCUCUCUGUCUUCUUCUUCCUAUUUUUCUCUAAAUUUUCGAGUUAUUUUCUU